UUGAAAUAAAUGAACUCUGCCAUCUACAAUGGACCGAUGGCUGAUGUUUUUUAAUAUUUUACUUUGGUGGUUAUAUUAACUUUGUUGAUAAUAUAUAUUAUUAUUAUAAUAAUAAUAAAUAAAACAUUGUUAAUAAAUAAAUAAAUAUGUAAUUUAUGAUAAAAGUUAUUAUUUAAAUAAUUAAUUUUGUAUGGGUACUAUGAUUUAGUAAACGAAUUUAUAAUUAUACGGAGCUGGAAUUUUUUUUCAACUUACGAGAGCUGUAAAUAUAUAAUAUAAAAAAAAUUUUGUGGAUGCUGGUGGGUUUUUUUAUUAAGAUUCCGAUAAGUGAUUGUAAAAAAAUACAAAAAUGUCUUCUAAGAGCGAACUUAAGAAAUUGUCCGAAGAGAGUUUGACGAGACAGCCAGAGGAAGUAUUUGAUAUUAUUUGCAAACUUGGAGAAGGAUCUUAUGGAUCGGUAUACAAAGCACUGCACAAAGAAAGUGGACAAGUACUUGCCAUAAAACAAGUGCCAGUGGAUACCGAUUUGCAAGAAAUAAUAAAAGAAAUAUCCAUAAUGCAACAAUGCGAUUCUCCAUAUGUUGUUAAAUACUAUGGGAGUUACUUUAAAAACACAGAUCUCUGGGUAAAAAUAUUUAAUUUAAAUAGAAUAGAAACUUAUUUUAAUAUUGUUAUGGAGUAUUGUGGUGCUGGUUCAGUAAGUGACAUCAUGAGGCUACGGAAGAAAACACUGCAAGAAGAUGAAAUAGCAACAAUUCUUUGUGAUACUCUCAAAGGUCUUGAGUAUCUUCACUUGAGGCGUAAAAUACAUAGAGAUAUUAAGGCUGGCAAUAUCUUGCUCAAUAAUGAAGGCCAUGCUAAAUUAGCAGACUUUGGUGUUGCUGGCCAACUUACGGAUACGAUGGCAAAACGAAAUACUGUCAUUGGUACUCCAUUCUGGAUGGCACCGGAAGUAAUACAGGAAAUAGGGUACGACUGUGUCGCGGACAUCUGGUCUCUGGGAAUAACAGCACUGGAGAUGGCUGAAGGAAAACCUCCUUACGGUGACAUUCAUCCAAUGAGAGCGAUAUUUAUGAUACCGACGAAACCACCUCCAAGUUUUAGAGAACCCGAUCAGUGGAGCCCGGAAUUCAUUGACUUUGUCAGUGUGUGUCUUGUCAAAAAUCCCGAAGAACGUGCAACGGCUACGGAGCUGCUGAAUCACGAAUUUAUUGGAGCUGCGAAACAGCCAAAUAUUCUCAGCCAAAUGAUUGCAGACGCUCAUGAAAUUCGGGAGAAACAGAGCGCACAUCGCACUCAUAUUAUAAACAAUGUUGCUAUCAAAGGACAAAAUAAUGCUGAUGACUCGGACGAAGAAGAUUGCAGCGGAACAAUGAAACUUUUGCCAGAAGAUCCGGGGACUUUAGUACCUGGUGAUCUUCCAGAUACUGGGACUCUGGUGUCGACAAUUCUUGAUCUGGGUACUAUGGUUAUCAACAGUGAUACCGAUAACGAAGCGACAAUGAAAAGGCACAAUACAGGAUCAGUAGAGUCUGGAAAAAAAUACCGGCCUCUAUUUCUCGAUCAUUUUGACAAAAAAGAAGCUCCGGAAAUCGUUAAAGGCAAUGGUCAAGUCUUACACAAUACAGAAGCUGAGAAUAAAGUGGACCCACCGACUCCAACGGAAUCCCAGAGGUUCCAAAGCCACCUACAGCUCCAAUUAAAUCAAAUUUCCCACCCGAUACCCGAGCCACCGCACAAUAACAUACCCAAGUUUCAAAACGCAUUUACAGAACGUGAUUUUGAUUUCAUAAACAACCAUAUCCUGCAGUUAAAAUUCCUCUCGUACGAGGAGCUGCAGCAACGGAUGACUAGUCUCGACGCAGAGAUGGAACGCGAGAUCGACGAGCUGAGGAGGAGGUAUCAGACCAAGAGACAGCCAAUUCUCGAUGCCAUGGAUACUAAGAGAAAGAGACAGCAAAAUUUCUAACAGUUUGGUAAUUUUUGUACGUUAAAAUAAUAGAUGUGUGAUGAUAGUGUUAACAGUGGUGUACAGUUGUAUAAAUUUAUAGAUUUUAUUCUGUAAUCAUGUCAAGAGUUUACUUACUCCUGUCAGUGUGACCCACAUUUAUUUACAACACAUAGUGCAUCUUAUUAUCUUCAUAUUCACUUCUUUUAUCAGAUUCAUUUCUUUAAAAAAUUAUUAUUUCCUUAUAUAUUUUGUUAAUUAGCUUCCCCUAAUUAAUUUACUUUUCUCAAUAUCGGUAUGUUUUAAUAGUGUAAUAUAUUUUAUUAAAUUAUAUGAAAGAUGCAACUCAAGAUAAAAGACCUAGUACCCAAUCGGGGAACUAGUACCCGAUCUCUCCUUGUAUUUGAAAAUCAAUAUUUAGUAGAAUUUAGUAAACAUAGAUAUACAAAUAUAUGAGUGACCGGGUACUAGUUUUCUAAUCAAGUACUAGGUCUCUUACUUUACAUCCAUUUUUUUUUCCAUAAAAUAUUAAAUAUAUUUAAUUUAAAAUCAAAUUAACUUGCCAAAUAGUUUUAAAGUUUUUUAAUAAGGAUUAUAAUUAAAAUAAAAAUUUUUAGUCUUCAUUAAAAUAUCAGUAAGUUUUCCCAGUAAAAUAUUUAAAAUAAUAUUGUCAUAUAAUAACAAUUAUUUGAGAUAUUUAAAGAUGCACAUGUAAAAUAAUUAUAUACA